UUUCAGUUUUUGCCACGGUCUCCAUGCGAAACGUUGUUCGACGAUCUCGCGCGGAAUUUGGAUCGGUUCGGGGGAGGGAAAUAAAAACAACAAGCUGGAAACCGUAUACUUAAUACGCGUGUGUGUAGCUCGAAAACAAAAAAAAAAACAAGAAAAAUAUAAAUAAACAAAACUACAGGCUGCUACGUCAGAAGACUACAAACAAAAGAUAUGAACGCAGCGCACUGACGUCGCCGCCAAGCAGUGCCUUGAGAUUGCCGCUCUCGAAGUGAACGUUCCGAUGUGGAAACCAUAUACACAUGUCUAACUACGCCAGCUAAUCCCAGCCAGACUAGAUCAGCCUUAAAUCGGCCGCCAUAAGAACUCGCGAUUUGAAUGCCAUCACGCAGUGGGAACGGAAGGAGGAAGUAGUUGUCGAAAAUUUGGAUCGUUGUAGUCAUGGGCUCUCGUCGAGCUGGUUUCAUCCUGGACUCCAGGUCCAUGGGUAUGAAUCGCUCCAGACCACCAUCACCAUCACCAUCAUCGUCGCCAUCACGAUUGCCAGCCGCCAGUCCAGAGAGCAACAAUUCGCAGGAGCAAUCGGCGAAGCAAGUUGAACAGCUGGACACUGCCAGUAACUCCAAGUUGGAAAUCCUGACCAGGGAAGGUCCCUCCUGCCAUUCCCAGUGCAAUGCCAGCACGGUGCCCGAGUCCACCGAUUACUUCCGCUGCCUGCUCCAAAAACUACGGGACGCCUCCGGCGAAGCCGCCGAGAUGAACUUCGAGCUGAACAACAUAUUCAUCAAGCGGCUGGACGAGAUCGACUGCCUGGAUGAACAAAGCGGGGAUGCAAUGUACACCUCGCAGCUGCGGCUGGUCACAUUCCAGGAGUGGGUGGACUUCCUGCUCCACGUGAACAACAUGAUCCUGGGCAACAUGUCCGAUUUGGAGGAGGAGGCGUACGGCAAGGUCGUCACCUGCUUCCAGUCGGUCCGCGGGGAACAGCAGCAGGCGCUGGACGAGAAUCGCAAGCUGCGAAAGGACUUCGGCACGAUCUUGAAACUUGUGCAGAAGGCCUACCACCACCACAACUGGGACACCGAGGGCAUCACCCUGGAGACCCUGUCCCUCAACCAAUUGCUGGGCGUGGGCCGGGAUCAGGUCCGGCCGGAAAGCGAAUGCGAGAAGAUGGGCGAGUGCAUGAAGUCCUUGGUCACCGAAAUGGCCGCCAAGCAUGACGAGGUUUGCCAUUUGAAGGCACAAAUCAAUGCCUUGGAGGAAGUGGUCCAAACGGCCAGGCAGAAGCUGCUCCUCAAGGAUCAGUGCAUAGCCCAGCUCAAUCAGCAGGUGCAGGAGAUCACGGAGUGCUUUACCAACAUGACGGAGAAUACGCCAUGCGAGGGGCCCUCGAUGAAUGCCACCAAGGGUGUGCACCAGGAUCAGCCCACUCUGGAGGCGUCCUGCAGCGACACGGCGACCGUGGAGACGAUAUCCAAUGACAUGUUGCAGAACCUCUCCUUACAGGACAACCAGGAGCGCGAGAUGCUGCGACUGCUGAACACGGAACUCAACGAUCUCUUCGAUCUGCAUAGCAAACAGGAGUACCAGGCCAUGGACUGUCGCCGGAAACGUCUCUCCUGCUUCUUCGAAAAGUUGUCUUUCGAACGCGAUGAUACGGUGAGAAAGCUGGAGAGCAUUCGCAGUCAUCUGAGGAUCCUCCAAUCGGACCUAGAACAGUCCUGCCAGAAUUCGGAGUUCGAUGAUCCGGACACCCAGAUAAUAGAAGGCGUACGAAGACGUCUUCACUCCCUGGAGCAAAAAAACCGCGAGUUGCACGGAAAAUGCCAGCGCUCGGAUACCGAGUCCCAAAUCAAAAUUUCAGAGCUGCAAGCCCAGAUCGAAGCGGAUAAAAGUUUGAGUCAAAGGAAUUCGGAUACUUUGAAGGAGAUUGCCGAUCUUCUAUGCAAAUUGCACCCUUCGGCUUUCUCAUACAUCGACGUCUACGAUGAAUCCCCGAGGGAAAACCCCUUCUGCAUAGCCAUCAAGGAAAUAUUCGAGCAGAGUGCCGAGAAGGAGCAUAAACAAAUGGCGUGUAACGAACAUCUUGCCUGCCAAAUCCAGGGACUGCAGAGCAAUUUACAGGAUCGAGACAAUCAGAUCGAUCAACUGCAGUCGAUGAUCAAGAGCUACUCCGAUUUCAGCGAAAACAAUCGACUCAAAGCAGAGAUUUACGAGCUCAAGCAAAAGAAUUGUGAUUUUUCCCGCCAGAUGCGAGAACUGGCUGGCCAGCUGAAGAACCAGGAGGAGCAGCGCGUGGAGCUGUGCUCCGAGUACGAGACCAUGAAGACUACCUUCCAGACGCAGUGCCAGGAGCUCAAGGGAGCCAAGAGAAAAGCGGAGAGCCUGCAGUUGCGACUGGACAAGAUGGAGGAGCUGCAGGUGGAGCUGAGAACGGAGCGCAAAGUGCUGCGGGAGGAGGUGAUUGCCCUGAAGGAGAAGGAGGCCAUUUCAACGGGACGCGAACGGGCUCUUCAGGAGCAGCAGAAGAAUAGCCACCUGGAGGUGGAGAAGAUGCGUCACCUCAUUCGGGGCAUGCAGGCUCACCUGCAGAUGGAGGAUGCCCAGCACCGGAAAAGUGUUCUACGGCUGGAGGAGGCCAACGAAUCCGUGCGGGAGCAAAUGCGCGGCAUUGCCAGCGAGUGCCAGCAGAUGCAGAUGCGCCUGAAGCAACAGGCCGAGGUCAACGAGCAGCAGGAGCAGAUCAUCGACUCCUUUCGCAGGUGGAAGGAUGCCCAAGUGAGGGCCGACGAGGCGAUGCGCCAAUGCGCCAAACGGGCCGAGGAGCACAUCCUAAUGCUGCUGGACGAGAACCAGACGCUGGCCGAGGAGUAUCGCACCCUCUACCGGGACCACACGCUCCUCGAGACCGAGAUGCAGCGGGUCAAGCAGGCGGUCAACUAUGCGUCCAGCUCCUCGAUGGGAUGUCCGCCGCAGGCGAGCGGCGGACGGUUGAAUCCCGAGGCGGGAAACGAUAUGGCCAGGCGCCUGCAGAACUUGGCCAGCACCUCGCAGCGUAUUUCCAACCAGAGCAGGACACUCAGGACAGCAGGUCAUCCGCUGGCCCAGUCCACGUUGAGGCCCACCCGAUCCUCGGACGAUCUGUCGUAAGAGCUAGCCAGGAUUUACAGGAACAGGAACAGGAAUCUCUAGCUCCUCCCUCCGUCCAUUUCAACUUGGUUCACACUCAAAAUCUAUAGGCCAACCACAUUUUGGAGGCUCGUCAUUUGUAAAUUCUCUUUGUAAAUUGUAGUAGAAACUAAAUAAAUUCAAGUGCUUGUGUA